UCAAACCGGAAGUACGUCAAAGCAAGCGGAUAUGUCAAAAAAUGUAAAUUUAACUAUAACAUGCAACCCCCAAAUUUGGAUUUUCUGUCUUCAAUAAUUGAAAAGUAUAGGGCUAAGUCACCUUAGAGAAUGUUCUACAAUUUUAUACUCACUGAAUUCCUCAAUAAUUGAUAGCCUACAGAUAAAACAACAUAAAUGCGUGCAUAUAAUUAUUCUGAUUGAAGGUACACAAACAAUGAUAAAAGACAUGUUAAAACAGAUGAACAAAUAUUACAAUAACGAAUUUUACCUAUUCAGAACUCUGGUUGCCAGCUCAGAAGCAGAAUCUGGUGCCCCAGAUGGGUCGCUAACCCGACACACAAGAUUGGAAAUGUCUGUGAGAUCAAUUUCUGCUGUUGCCAUACUUUCUUCUAUGGGAUGUUCCAAGGAUACAGAGAUAUGUUUGGAAGACAAUGCACUGAUUUCAAACAUAGUGAUGUUAUCAAAAUCUGAAAAUUAAAAGAUUGUAACAUAAGUAUUGAAGGCCUGUAAAAUAGCAAAAUUAUUCAACAUAUAAUUUAUACUUGCCUUGUUUACUGUUGGGUCGAACACAGCUACUGAUAAUUAUAUUGAAAAGAGCUUGUUCUCUCAGAAUGGACAGAAUAUUUGCCACAUGUGCUGGAUGCGUGAAUGGUAUACUUGUUACUAAAACUCCAUCCAUAUUUUUAUUUUCUGUCAUGAAGUAACAGUGAUUCUGGUCAGGAAGAUUCUGGAAAUGCAAAAUUAAAAUUUAGUCAAAAAUAGAUAUAUUUAAACAUGAAGGUAAAUUCUGUUAUUAAAUAAUUGUGCAACUUCAGAAAAUUCUGCAUGAGCACUGUAAAGGUGACUUCUGUGUAAUUGCAAGUUAAAGUUCUAUUGACUUUGUGUAUAUUCUGAAUAAAUUC